AUGUCUCGACCUCUUAGUAAUGAAGAGGUCAAUCGGCUCAACGAGCAAACUGCGCUCCUUGGCAACCCAGGAGACCAUGAUGAUGGCUCGACUAUCGUUAUCCACGUGGCUCCUCGCAUAACACGGCAACUCUACCUUUCGCAUUUGUUAUCCACAUGGAAUUCCCGCAUGUUCGAGUUUGGUGCUGUGUUGUACCUCGCGACUAUUUUUCCGGGCACUCUGUUACCCAUGUCGUUAUACGCACUCACUCGAGGCCUCUCAGGUCUGGUGUUGGCCCCAAUGGUUGGGCAUUACAUCGAUAACAAUGACCGUCUAAAGGUUGCUCGGGCAUCAAUAGGCCUGCCUCUUGGCGAGUAUGGCCGACCGGGCCUUCUCGGUCUCCUCUCUGUGUUGGCUUGCGCCGAGAAGCUGUAUUCUAUUAUCAACAUGGUUUCAAUAGAAAAAGAUUGGGUUGUCGUCCUUGCCAAGGAUAGCACAGAAGCUCUCGCGACUCUGAACGCACAGAUGCGUCGGAUCGAUCUUCUCUGCAAACUGCUAGCACCUCUUAUCAUCGCUUUCAUUGAUGGAAUCUCUACAGAAGUCGCCAUCAUUGUCAAUUUUGCCAUGAACAUAGCGUCGGUUCUGGUAGAAUACUACGCCAUUGCGAGGAUAUAUAACGACGAGCCCGAUUUGCAAGAACGCAAACACAAGCCGUAUUCCGAGCUUCCACAGUUUGACCCGAACUCAGACAUUGGGUUGCGGUGUGCUGAUUUAGAGUCCAAAAUGUGGCAUGUGUUCAAAAGGUCUGUGUCGGACUUCGAGUUUUACUUCAACCACUGCGCAUUCCUGCCCUCAUUCGCAGGAUCUCUGCUCUAUUUCACCGUCCUCAGCUUUGCUGGUCAGAUGGUGACGUACCUUGUUGCGUCUGGCUACAACACGACAUAUAUCGGCAUUGUAAGGACUAUCAGUGUGGUCUUUGAGGUGUUGGCCACAUGGGUAGCACCUUGGCUUGUUGGCCGGAUCGGACCAGUAAGAGCGGGUCUCUGGUUAAGCAAUUGUCAAGUGCUGCCGCUCAUCAGUGGGCUGAUAGUCUUUUGGGUGUUCAUGCCGAACCCUCUGAUUUCAGCAACAAGUCUAGUCGUUGGCACCAUUAUUAGUCGUCUUGGUCUCCGAGGCUUCGACUUAUGCACACAAAUCAUUGUCCAAGAGGAAGUGGAAGCUGAAAGUCGUGGCCGAUUUUCAACCAUCGAAGCAGCCUGGCAAAACGCGUUUGAGCUCCUUUCAUAUCUUUCAACUAUUCUUUUCUUUAGGCCUACCCAGUUCAAAUGGCCCGCUCUAAUUUCUGUGAUUGCUGUUACUUCGGCCAGUCUUGCGUAUACGAUGUACGUUGGCCGUAGAAGAGGUCAUCUGAUUCAUUUCGAGAAGUUUGGUUUCUAG